AUGGCCUAUUGGCGGCAAGAAGGUAGGCAGGACCAGAUCAUAUUGUUGACAAAAGAAGACCAUGAAACUCGCAGUGCAGAGCUGGUGGCUGAUGACCCCAACGAUCCGUGCAAGGAGCACGGAUUGAUACUGCCCAAUGGAGACAUUAACUGGAACUGCCCGUGCCUUGGAGGAAUGGCCAGCGGCCCCUGUGGGGAGCAGUUCAAGUCCGCCUUCUCCUGCUUCCACUACAGCACGGAGGAUGUCAAGGGGUCAGACUGUAUAGACCAGUUCCGGGCCAUGCAGGAGUGCAUGCAGAAAUACCCGGACCUCUAUCCCCAGGAUGAUGACGAUGCUGAGGAAGAGAAGGAGAAGCCGGAAGUGUUGGAGGAAGUCGCUCCCACUGAGGCUGCUGCAGCCCAAAAGGAGCAGGGCUCGAGUUAAUGCAGGCCACAGUCCUGCAUGUCCCCAUCAAGAUGGACCUGAUAGAGAUGCCUUCCAGUCACUCUCAGAACCCCUCCUUCCUCUGCUCCGUGCACUGUCCUGUACAACAUAGCUUACUCUGUGAAGCCGUGGUCUUGGCCGCUUGACAGACACACUGCAAAAGCAAAACAAAAACAAAACGCGGGUGUCCUCCGGUAAACCUGUCGGCAAAGGUAGAUUGUUUUCCCCUCUCAGGCUGCCCUGACUCUUCCCACUUUGAAAUAAUGCGCUGAGUAGUCUCA